AUGGGGCGGCACGACGAGAAACGCAGAUCCUACGGCGAGGAGAAGGAACGAAGUCCUCAGCGAUAUCGUGAAUCAGCGGAGGAGCGAGGCUUGGCCGCGGCAGCCCGACUGGCCGCGGCAGUUGCUGCAGCGACCCACGGAGAUCCCAAGUUUCGUUUGCGGCGUCACAGCGCCAUUGGAUGCUCACCCUCAUCACCUCAGGCUCCUUUUCAUGCUUGGAAGGAGCCCAAAGAGAAAUCGAAGGAGACUCCGAAGGAGAACGGCCGCAGAUGCGAGCACGACGAGAGGCGCGACGAGCGGCCCGAGCGGCCUGAGAGGCAGCGCCGGGCCUCGCCCACGCGGCCGCCUCGGGCUCAGAGCGCCCGACGCCCGGCGCGGCUGGAUCCUCCGGCACGUGCCCGGUCAGCGGAUCCGCGGCGGCGCUAUGAAGCUGCCUUCGUUCCGGAAGGAACAGAGGAAGUAGCAGCGGAGGUGCCACCCGUUCUGGAGUUCAAAGCACCAGCUCCUCCGAGCACUGCAGGCACGGCUCAGAGCCCAAGGCAUGCAGCCCGGAGGAGCACUGGGCACAUCUUGACGGCAGCAGUGAAUGCUGCGGCAGGACGGCGAAGCUGCACAAACAUGUCAGUCAUGGACCAGCAGCCGAAGCCCUUCAAGAACUUAAGCAGCAAAAUCUUCUCGGGCGCGUACAUCAUGGAGAAGUUCCUUGGUCGCGGUGCCUCUGCAAGUGUUUGGGAGGCCAUCCGCAGCGACAAUCAUCAGCGUGUCGCAGUGAAGGUUUUCGACCAGGGACAGCGUGAUAAGCGUCAAGCUCACCGGGAGAUGAAAGUUCUUGCUCGAGUGCGACAUCCUCGAAUAGUUCAGGCCUUCGAGGUGGUCGAAACACCUCGGUUGGCUCAAUUGGUUUGCGAGGCCAUCAAGCAAAGCGAGCGCUUUCAGAAGCUUCAGGAAAGAACCAGCGUGGUCGUUGCGUCAGCUGCGGAAGGUGUGAAGCGUGCACGCGAAAAGAUUGGUCGACCCGCCAGCGCCAUCGAAUUUGAAGCGCAAUUGGAGAACCGAGCCAAGAGCACUCGUACAGUGCCAGCAAUUGCAGAGAUGCAUAAGUCAUGGGCGCAGAACAUUGUUGCCUCCGUCAACAAAGAAGGGCCUCGCGUGUCUGAAGGAGAACACGAACUCGGUUUCAAGGAGAUGUUCUUGCAGAGCCGAGCUUUGGAGAACAGCUUGGAGGUCAUCAUUUCAGAAGCUUCACUGCGCGAGCACUACACGACUCUGCCGACUGCAGAUGACACUCCAGUGGCUUAUUUACAUGAUUUGCUGUCAAAGACGCUGGCGUUUCCAGCAGUUCAGUGGCAGGGGCUGAUCCAGGUGGCCAUGAGUGGAGUCUUGUCCAGUGAAGAGGUGGCCUGGAUCCUGUCCAUCGUCACAGCCAUGAAGAACGACUGGAACGACGAAAUGCUGAGCAGCGAGCGAAAGGACCUGGCAAUGAAAGCUGAGGUAUUGAAACAGGAGCUGAAGCCGUUGGCAUUGAGCGACACCGAGGAGCAUUCCAAGAAACGUAUCGAGCUCUCCACACAGCUGUUGCAGACCUACCUGGCAGUGCAGCAGAACCUACAUGCCUCUGGUGCACACCGGGAUGAGGUGCGGCAGAUGCGAGAGAGCGACAUCCAGCACGUGCUUCAGCAGGUUCAGGCGCGGAUGGUGAGUUUGCAGAGCCAAGCAGAGAGUUCCAGCUCUCAGCGGAAGGAUUUGGAGGGCGAACUAAGCCAAUCGCAAGAGAGCCUGAAGAUGCAAUUGUCGCAUUUGGACGAGGUGCGGGCCCAGAUCGACAAGGAGAUCGAAGAGCUGGAUGAAAGGAAACGUCAGCUAAGGAUUGAGUUGGACACAGUCUCCAGACAGUUGGACGAGGCCCGAAUGAAGCAAAAGGAACAUAUGGAGAAGUCGGACAAGCAUCGCUCCGAGCUGUACAAUGUGAAGGCAUCCAUUCAGGAGAAGAUCAAUGGAGCUGAAAGCGAAGCUGUGUCCUCUGGAAAGGAAAAGGAGCUGUUGGAUCAAACCAGGAAGAUCCUGGAAGACUCUGGCACAACCUUGCAGACCUCGGUGCAAGAGCAACAAGGUGACCUCAAACAAAAGCUUGUGGACUUUCAAGAGCAUUUCAAGGCACUCUUGGCAGAUCACCUUCGCUUUUGUGAGGUGAAGGCUAGGCAGCUGCAAGCUCAAGCUGAAGCAUCUGUGACGGAGGCGAAUAAAGAGUUGCUUUUGGCAACUGCACGUAGUGCAGAAGAGGCGUUUGAAGCUAAGUUUCAUCGCAGGAACGCUUAG